AAGUUUAAAGAUGGGUUAGAAGAUAUAGUUUUGAGUGCGGAGGAUUUGGAGGGUUCAUCCCGUGGUGGGAGCAGUUCCCGAAACGUUGGGUUAUCGUGAUUUUGUUGUGAUAGAGUAAAUAUGAGCAUUGCCAUACUGCCCAUGUCAGCAGAGUUCAGUUGGAGUCCAACGACUGUUGGUUUGAUACAGUCAUCUUUCUUCUGGGGUUACGUUCUUACUCAGUCAGUCCUGGCAUUUGGCGUAGUUUGGUGGUCUGUUGCUACUGUUCUUACUCCUGUUGCUGCCAAAAUUGGGUUGCCAUUCCUACUUCUUGUUCGUGCUUUCAUGGGAAUGAGUGAGGGUGUUGCUAUGCCUGCCAUGAAUAAUAUUCUGUCAAAAUGGGUUCCCAUAGCCGAAAGAAGCGGAUCAUUAGCUCUAGUAUACAGUGGGAUGUAUCUUGGCUCAGUUACUGGUCUGGCCUUUUUACCUUUCUUAAUACAUAAGUUUGGAUGGCCAUCAGUCUUCUUCUCCUUUGGUUCUCUGGGAACAGUCUGGUUUGGUGUAAGGCUAAACAAGGCACAUUGUACACUUUUGGAAGUUCCUGAACUGAGGCCUCAAGAGAAGAAGCUUAGUGUUAUAAAAUGUGUUUCCAAGGAACCUGUCAAAACAAUCCCCUGGAGAUUGAUCUUGUCAAAACCACCUGUGUGGGCCCUGAUUGUGUCUCAUUUCUGUCACAAUUGGUGGACAGUUAUUUUUCUAACAUGGAUGCCAAUAUGCUAUCAUCAAGUAAGACAUUGGGUUCUUUUGAAUUUGCAAUCCAUUUAUUCUUGCAACUCUUGAUUGUCCAUGUGGUAAGGGGGACUUCAAGGCUCUGACAGAUUAUCUUGUCCUGUGUCAUUUUCCUUUAUGUUUGUAACAUAAUUGUACUAAAGCAACAAAGAAACUGGUUUCUGCUUUUAACUUUCAAAGCUGGAAGUGGUUUUGGGAUUAUGUAGUGAUUCUUCUUUGAGCUAUGUUUGAAAAAGAGAAAUAGCUAGUUGCUUCUGAUUGUGGUAUUAAUAGAGGUGCAUUUUUUUU